CACACCAGAGGUCGUUGAUAUAUUUUAUAAAACGAAAGUGACGUAUUUUGUUACCAGUGUAGAGAUGUUAGGAUGCCAGUUAUUCCAUUUGACAUUAACCGAAAUACAAGAAAAGUUUAACAAGAUUUAUUUUCAUGUAUAAAACAUAUGAAUUUUGUUAUGGCUCUUACUUCGAAUUUAGCGCCAGAAAUUUGCUGUAAUGACAUUUAUAUAAAGAUUGCUGUAGGAAAUCCUAUUCUGCAUUAUACUUGGGAAAAUGGUCAAUUCACAACUUACGCUAUCAAUAUUGAGACAAAUAGUCCUUCCUUUGCAUUAUCAAAAUCAACUAUAAGACGUAGAUAUUCAGAAUUUGUUCAGUUUAGGAAAAUGUUGAAGUCCCAGCAUCCAGCAAUACAACCACCACCUCUUCCAUCAAGAUCGCUGUUCAAAAAUAGAUUUGAUCCAGAUUUUAUAGAGGAAAGAAGUCAGGGAUUGGAAAAAUUUUUGCAAAAAGUUUUUUCAAUAUCCCUUUAUUUGUCAAAUAAAACUGUCCAUCUGUUUUCACAAACUAAAUUUUCAAUGGAUGAAAUAUCAUCUAUAGUGAUUGGAGGUGACAUAAAUGUUUGUAACUCUGAACCAUUACCAAAAGCAGAAAGAAUAAAUACCAAAACUGAUGCACAGAAUAGCAUUGAAAAACCAUGUGGUGAUAGUGACUGUCAAAUUUGUUUUGAUGUUACUGGUAAUAAUACUGUGGCACACAACUCAAAGAUGGUAUGUUGCACUCCCAGCCUUCACGUUGUAAAAGGUUCUGAAGAUGAAGUUGAUGAUCCAUCUAUUACAUACAGUUAUACUCCAUCUUUAACAGGUAGUUCAUCAUCAUAUCAAAAUAGUCCACUUUUAUCUGAACUGUCAACUGAAAAUAAACAUAAAUCUGAUAAAAUAACUUUAGAUUCAUUAUGUGAAAUCUCUAUUAAUUAAUAAUGAAGUUUACACCCUUCUUUGAAAUUAUUUAAAAAAAAAGAAAAUAAUAAAAAGUUUGUAAAUUUAUAAUUUAAUCAUGCAUUCCUUUUAAUUAUGUAUUGUAUUUUAUAUAAAUAGUUUUGUUAACUUUUUCAUGUUAAAUCAUUAUUUGUAGAAAUUAGAUUGCUGAUGUUAAUAAUCUGAUCUGCCAAAUUACCCAUCAGGAUAUUUUAAGGCCAGUAAAUAAAUUAAAUACAAAUCAGUGGAUCAUUUGGAGAUAAAUAAGUUGGGUUGUUGUUUAUGUCAGAUAUAAAAAAUUUUGUAAUAAUUUAUUAAUUAUAUACAGUAUUACUUAUGUAAAUAAUUGGUACAGUUGAAUUCACUUCUAAUCAUUCUGGCAUUUAUGUAUUAUGAUAACAUUAAGUAGAAGAGAACCCUGAUUUACACAAAACAUAAGCAGUCAACAUCAUAUUACAUGCAAACCUGUAUUAUAAAUGGCUUAAACAUUUACACUAAGCAAGCUUGAGUGGAUUCAAACUUCUCUGAUGUAACUGUGUAAGCUUGCAAGCUUGAAAGCUGAUCUAUGAAAUACUUUAAUGAGAUUUUUCUUGUUUAUCAAAUAUUUUUUAAAAAUAUAAUUAUUUUAACUUUAUUUGCUAUACUAAACAAAAAAUUUGAAAUCGAUUAUUUAUAUUCUAUGUUAAUCUAGCUUCAAGAAAUUUUCACUACUUUUUUAAAUAAUCUAUUUGUUUGAAGAGCAUUCAUAAGCACUUAUCUCUUAAUCCUUUCUUAUAAUAUUGAUAGUUUAAAUCAUCCUUUCUAAAGUGAGCGAUAAUGCCCCUUUGUGGGCACUGGAGGCUUUCAGGGAAGAAGUUGAAAGCUCAGUGAUUAAAUAUGAGUUUUAUUUCUUCUCAUUGAAACAUUCUUUUUUCUCAGAGUGUGACCCAUAUCCUAUUUCUAUCUAUUUUAUCCAUAU